AUGCACAAGGUGUCACAUCUGAAAAGAAACCUGAGCCCCAGGGAGGCAGCGCUGAGCGACCCAGGCCGGGCUGGCGCUAACCGCGCGGGAGGGCUCCUGGCAGCGCUGGAGGACAGAGGCAGCUCCGUCGCAGAGGACCUUAGCGACCUGAUCCUAGGAUCCCGGCUCCAGGCUCUCCUCGCAUUUUUCAGACCCCCCCGCCCCCACCACCACCGGUCUUUCUCCAAAACGGAGCCUUUAUAUCGAGAGAAGGUGCGGGAGCUGGGGCAACCAGGACUUUCGCGGGCACCCAAGAUGCGCUCCAUUAGGAAGAGGUGGACGAUCUGCACUAUAAGUCUGCUCCUGAUCUUUUAUAAGACAAAAGAAAUAGCAAGAACUGAGGAGCACCAGGAGACGCAACUCAUUGGGGAUGGUGAAUUGUGUUUGAGCCGAUCACUUGUGAAUAGUUCUGAUAAAAUCAUUCGAAAGGCUGGAACGACAAUCUUCCAGCACUCUGUGGAAGGUUGGAAAAUCAAUUCCUCUUUGGUCCUGGAGAUAAGGAAGAAUAUUCUUCGUUUCUUAGAUGCUGAACGAGAUGUCUCAGUAGUCAAGAGCAGUUUUAAGCCUGGUGAUGUCAUUCACUAUGUGCUUGACAGGCGCCGGACAUUAAAUAUUUCUCACGAUCUACAUAGCCUCCUACCUGAAGUUUCGCCAAUGAAAAACCGCAGGUUUAAGACUUGUGCAGUUGUUGGAAAUUCUGGCAUUCUGCUAGACAGUGAAUGUGGAAAGGAGAUUGACAGUCAUGAUUUUGUAAUAAGGUGUAACCUAGCUCCUGUGGUGGAGUUUGCUGCAGAUGUGGGAACUAAAUCAGAUUUUAUUACCAUGAAUCCAUCAGUUGUGCAAAGAGCAUUUGGAGGCUUUCGGAAUGAGAGUGACAGAGAAAAAUUUGUGCAUAGACUUUCCAUGCUGAAUGACAGUGUCCUUUGGAUUCCUGCUUUCAUGGUCAAAGGAGGAGAGAAGCAUGUGGAAUGGGUUAAUGCAUUAAUCCUUAAGAAUAAACUGAAAGUGCGAACUGCCUAUCCAUCAUUGAGACUUAUUCACGCUGUCAGAGGUUACUGGCUAACAAACAAAGUUCCCAUCAAAAGACCCAGCACAGGUCUGCUCAUGUAUACACUUGCCACAAGAUUCUGUGAUGAAAUUCACCUGUAUGGAUUCUGGCCAUUCCCUAAGGAUUUAAAUGGAAAAGCUGUCAAAUAUCAUUACUAUGAUGACUUAAAAUAUAGGUACUUUUCCAAUGCAAGUCCUCACAGAAUGCCAUUAGAAUUCAAAACGUUAAAUGUGCUACAUAAUAGAGGAGCUCUAAAAUUGACAACAGGAAAGUGUAUAAAGCAAUAAAGCACAUUUUAAAACAUACAAACAAACCGAAUAUGCACUUCUGUUCUGAAGAUGCUUCUGAAGAUUUGAAAACAGGAUCCAAAACAAGGCUGGGUUUCAGCAUUCACCAAUUAACUGAAAGGAUGAUAAAGGAAGUUCAUGUGAAAUCCACUACCAGCUGAUGAAAUACCUGCAAAGUGCUCUAAAAAUUAAAUAUUUUGACUUCAAGGGUCCUAGUAAGUGCCACUUCCACUAAGAAUACAGUUUGAAUGUAUAAUCAGUAGUGUUUACAAGAUCAAACAAUGCAUUUGUCAUUAAUUAGCAAAGCAAAUAUGUUCAUCAAUUUUGGGCUGCCGCUGCAACGCAAAGCACAUGAGAAGAGGAACCCAGGAACACAACUCAGCCCUUGGGAAAUUAAAUCAUCCUUAUCAUCAGAAAUCAAGAUGGAACAAUUUGAGCAGUGAAAUCCAUAAGAUUAGACAACUCAAGUAAAUGCCUUCAGUCAGGACUCUGAGUCUGAUCAUGAAUGUUAUGUUUUUGAUUGUGUUUUUUUUUUAAUUUUUUGGGGGGUGGGGGGAUGUCUUCUGAAGUCUCUUUUGAUUUAGAUACUGGGAUGCUCAGAAAUCCUUUCUGAGAUAAAGAAAUAGGAAAUACAAAUGAAUGAGAAAUAAAUGUCAAAUAAUCAUUA